UUCCGAAAUGCCUCACGAAGAAGUGUACCCGGAAGUAGAAAAGCGGGAGUUUGAAAAAUAUAAACAUUUUUUUCUUUCUCUUUGGAAAAGUUGAGAGGUUUUACAGGCAGCUAAAAUGUUGAAAAAGGCUCCUAGAUUGAAAAACACUAUCAAGAGCAAAGCGACAACUAGCAUAAAUAUCAGACCAGCGUCGGAGGCGAUGAUUGAGCUUUUAACUCUUGUUUUCCUGAACGGAUUGGCGGAAGAAGCAAAGGCUAAAGCUUUCGAAGAGAAAUCUGCUACAGUCCGAGCUCAGCACCUGAAAGCAGUGUCCAAGAAAAUGCUGAAAAAGGCCAGAGGAUGAAGAGCGAAGUUAAACAACAUUUAAUUUCUAUUUUAAUUUUUUACUUCUUUUUAUCUGCCAUACUAUUCAUAUAAACUUCACUUUUUGGUUUUAUCCUUUCAAUGUAGAUGCCCAACUUUAUUUCUAUUAAACUAUUUGUUUUGACUACA